AAAAAUAAAUACAAGACUGUUUUUAAUUAUAUCCAAAACAUGAAUUCAUAUUCUAAGAAGUGCAAUAAAAUUUUAUUCUGGAACUGUAAUUUUAGAUAAUUUUGAGAUAUCAUUGGUUCAAUACGGAAGGCACCUCAAGCUCUAGGAAUCAGUACUUUUUCCUUAAUUUUCGCCAAUACAAAACAAUUUAUUUUGAACGAACAAUUUGUGGUACUCAAACGCAAACCAUUCCCAAACACAUGAAGUCCAUACAAUGGUGUAACCAUCUUUACCCUCAGACCUAUUAUAGGUAUUGGCCGUGUGGUUGACUCAAUGGAUUCUGCGUGUGCUGCCGAUCAUUUCCUCCUUUCAACGAAGACGACGAGCUGAAUUGCAAGAGUCAAUAGGUAACGAGUGAGGAAAAUGCUUACAAAAGUCGAAUUCAGGCAGCCCAUCGAGGGAAAACCCGUCUUCGCCCAUGCUGCUUUCCUUGGCCGGAGUAACACCAACCAACCAACCCACCCCACCUUUGCUAUGCUGCUCAGAGAUGCUAAACAUUAGCCAUCUUACUCGACGGGUAAGCAGCUCAAUACUCUCUCGCAUGAACGUGAAAUGGCAUUUCUCUCGCGGAAAGAAGCGCGAACUCCCUGCCAAGACAGACCUCAACCAACUCACGAACCAGCCCCAGAAGAUCAGGUUCGAAUAUGCUGAAAUUUUAUAAAAGAUGAUCUCCGUCGGCGAGGAAGUUUAGUCUGGCGAAGAAAGUGGCAUCGGUAUCAUCGCGUCCCCCUGGAGUAUUGAGCUGAAGAAAUCCGCCGAUCUUUGGGAAGCUGAUUGGCCCCCUCCGAGGAACCUGCUGGAACCUGAUCUAUUGGACCGAUAGCCGUCGAGGUGCGCGCGAAAACUCGUUUUCGGAUUUAGUUUUGUGUUGCGCGCGCGCCAAGUGAAAGAAUCGUAUAAAGAAAAGUUUGAAUAAUCAAAGCCUCAAUUGAGAGCAGUUUUCUCAACGGGAUAUAAAAAUGAUACGCAGUGCUAAUAGUAAACGAAGUGUAAAAGGCCAUAAUUUGUGCAAUAAUUGAUAUAUUACUACCAUCAUCCAGAGCCCAAACACCAGAGUGACUGCGUGCAGUGAACGAAAAACCACAAAAAGAGAAAUGAUACGAGGAGUCAUUUGAACUUGAACGGGGCGAAGAAAAUUGAGUGAUCCACCUGAAUUCACGCCGAGUUAAAAACCAAAACCGCAACAACCAAUAAGCAGCAUGGCAGUCUGCCGACAGCUAACAUUCGCGCUGUUUUUCGUCUGCUCCACACUUGCUGUAGAAGUUUCCCACCACAACGGCUUGGAAGCCGGUUCUGAUGGAGAAAUCACCAACACAGCAAAGCCACUGCUGGAUGAUGAAGUACUACCAAAGUUGCACCGCCAGAAACGACACGACAUAGAGAUACAUCGCGUCAUCAAACGAAGACCCAAGUUACCUCCGCCACGCCGAAAGCCAAGACCACCACGGAGGCCACCAAAGCCGAAGGUCAAGUAUGGACCACCAAACGUCAACUACCCACCGCUGACACAUUAUAAGCCACAUGGCUAUGAAGAUACGUUCAGCACUAGUUACGAAACAUCUUACACUGAUCAAAAUUCCUUCGGUGAGCCACCGGCCAGCUACGGAAAACCGAUUCAUCCGUCACCAACAUUUGGAUCGCCACCAUUUGCCUAUGGACAGAGUUCAAUUUCUUACCAGGGGUCUUCUUUUGGCAAACCAAGUUUCGAUGAGGCCAGUUUCGAAGGAUUUGGUAAACAAGUUUAUGGUGGUUCAAGUGAUUUGGAUGAGUUUCCCGGAAUUAUAGAAGGUCCCACGCGAACAUACUCAUCAAACAGAAUUCCUAAUUUUGGUGGAUCACCCUCGAUACCCUCGCAUGUUCACAGUAAGUCACCCUCUUAUCAGCAACCGUCAUCAUUCCUGGACAAUAGGCCUAGCUUCACUUCCCAUAAAGAACCACCCAGCUACACCCGGCUAACAGAGGUUGAUAAUCCCCAGCACCAAUUUCCUCUCGAAGGUUAUAAUAAAGACCCAUACAGAACACCAUUAACCUCCUACGAAGUCCCACUGACCCAACAAAAACCUCAACUAUUUGAACCAACUAAAGAUUUCGAUUCGUCCUACAAAAAGGGGACAAAUUCAUAUCCCCCUACCAGCGUAGUUUCAACCCACAGUACGUCACACAGUAGCACAGACAGUGACGAGGAGGACUAUUACCCAAGUUUACCGAAUCGCUAUGAGCAAGAGCAGUUCCACAAUCCCUCGAAACAAAAUCCAAACAAGACCCCGUCCAACUCUAUUCAAACUAUCAACGACAACGAUCCAUUUACCAGCUUCAAUACGUACUACGAUGGAGUUUCAGAAUCUCAAAAAGUGUCCGUCAAAACAAAAACCAAUAAGGAUAACUUCUCGCUAGAAGAAUUUUACUCGGCCACACCACCGUCGUCAAAGCGUACCAAAACCACUCGUCGCAAGAAGAAACCGAAGCCCUCCAACACGCCAGUGGCUCACAAUCUUGACACGGACGACUUACGGGAUGCGUUCGGCUCAAGUUCCGACUUCCAUCAGGUGGCCAUCGACGCCGAUGAGUUCCUGGAAUUUGAACCGCAAAAACAGAUGAAACACUCGAAACCACUGGGAGUGACGAUGACUCGCAACGAAUCUCCAGCCAACUUCGUGUUGCUUUCUUCACAAAAUAGACAAAAAGAAAACAAUCAACCAAAUUACAGGACACCGUCCAGCAAUCCAAACUAUCAGAAAAAUCUUUCCGCGCUACCAGCAUCUGAUUACAAAACCUUGGACAUUAACUACUUCAAAUCGGUGGAAGCAAAGAAGAAACCUGCGCCAACUGGUCCGAUUGGUUUGGAAGAUGUCAGCAUCCUUUCCGUCCAGAAAUCCAACUCCCAAAGCUAUUACGCAGGAAACAGCAACAACGGAUUUCAGCCAACUCGGCGGCGCAACGGAGCGUACUAUCGGGCCAACCUCGACUACGAAAUGAUGGGCGAGAGCGAUGAAAACUAUGACGAGAUUGGCGAUGCAGGGACGUUUGGAGGCCAGCUUGGAACCAGCAGGGUCAAGAAAGAUUUGACGAUCAAAGCGGAGGACAGUGCAAUACAGCAAGAUACGAAGGUGGAUGCUAGCUGAGUGACAAACUUUGUUUUUGUUUGGUAGCGAGUAGCUUUAGAACAAUUCAUCUGGUACCUAUCUCAUUCAACCAUUUCAUGUUAUUUAUUGUUGUUACUAAAUAAAAUAAAUCAAUCGUUUCGUUGUAA